GCUACGCCUUGGACUCUAUUUGCAGUUCCCGAGAGUGUGCAUGGAGCAAAUUUGUUUUUUGGCCAAACAUCUUUGUUUCUCCAAGAAGUUGGCUUCCACGGCAAUCUUCUCCUUUCCAUAAACAGGUUUGUCGCAAUCACAUUUCCGCUACAAUAUCGUCUAUGGUUCACGAGAAAAUCCACUCUCAUAAUGCUGUUAGGCAUAACUUGCCUCCCCUUUGGAUACUGGACAGUUUUUUUCAUAGACACUUGCGAUAUCUCUUAUGACCACCAUUUGCGCGUUUGGAGAUUUGGUACACAUCCUUGCAGUGUGUUCUUGGCCACGUACGUGGACGUGUGCUACAAUAUAUUCCUUUUCGUAAUAAUCGCUAUUUUUGAUUUGCUUUCUCUUGUUCGACUACAGAUGAUGAAAAAGAAAUCGUUGGCUCGCAAAGGCAGCACAACUUCCGAAACGAAUAAAAUGAAGCGGCAGCAUAAGAAGCAAGUAAAUCUUUUUGUGCAGGCAUUUUUGACAUCAGUUGUGUAUUCGCUGACGCUACUUAGUUUUAAUUUAACUUCUACGUAUAUACCUGAAGGAUUUUACUUAUUUCUCGGCACAACUUUUGCUUGGGAAUCAGCUCACGCUUUCGCAGGAUUUGUUCUCGUUUGGUUCAACCCAGAGAUUCGAAGACACUUUGCCGUGCAAGAGUUCACUCAGCUUUUCACCAAGCCCACUUCUACAGUGUUUCACAUAACGUCUUCGAAAAACUGAAGUAACGCGAUCACUUCCGUUUAGUGUUCUUUUGUAUUGAUAAAAAAA